GCCUCUCCGUCUUGCCUUGCCCUCAAUAUCUGUAUACCACCUUUUUACCUACUACCUCACCUCGCACUCUCACCCCUCUGUCUUGCCCAGAUCAACCAAUCCCCCCUGCCUGCCUGCACGAUGCCUUCAGGUGCCGGAGCCGGAACGAACCCAAUCCACAACAAGAAGGCCAAGAAGAAGGUCGUCGAGGAGGACGAGGAUGACAAGGCCUUCAAGGCGAAGAUGCUAGCCGACAAGAAGAAGCUCGAGGAGGCAGCAAAGGCUGCAUCUGGCAAAAAGGGUCCUCUCAACACUGGCUCGCAGGGCAUCAAGAAGAGUGGAAAGAAGUGAGGAGUAGGAGAUGCGCUAGGAGCGAAUUGAUGCGAGGCCAUGUGACCACGAACCACGAACGAGACGCACGGCAGACGGCAGACGGCCUGUGGGAUGGAUGGGCAGCAUGAUGCGUGAGCAUAGGCGUUAGGGAGAUAUACCACUGAAAAGUAUGGAGAUUUGGCACUGCAGUAGCCGAAUGAAUGUGGACACUGCUUGGAUCAUGUCAAUCAUUGGUGCUUGGUCGGGAGUCGUGGCUACAUGUAUGGCAUGGCUUGUAUUGACUGCCACUCUGCAGUGGAGCGGUAUGAUUUGUGACUGGAGCUGACAAAGGAUAUCCUGAAUCUUAGUAGCAAGCAGGUGUUGUACUCAGCUCGCCUCACCUGAGGCACCUCUUUUGGUUGUUGCGCACCAGUGCAACGAUACUGUGUCAAGGUU